AGACGCUCCACCAACCCGCCCAACGGUCGGCUGCCCCGAAUUCAAAAUCCGAACUUUUCGCCUUUAAAUCCAGCCCCGACGCUCCAUUCCUCAGGUUUCCCAAUCGCACCUCCGCGCAGCCGCUCCAGCAAAGAUUUCAGAGACCGAGGCCGACGAGGAGAGGUAGGUAGGUAGUUAAGGUAGGAGACGGACCCCGCCGCCGGCGAGCAUGGACUUCCACGCGCUCCCCCGCCGCGACCUCCAGGCACUGGCCAAGCGCAACGGCGUCCGCGCCAACCUCAGCAACGCCGCCAUCGCCGACGCCCUCGCCGCGCUCCCCGCGGUCGACGGGAUCGAGGAGUACGUCGAGCAGCCGGUCGUUGUCGAAGUGGCCAAGCCGGCGGUUCAGGCGGUCGUGGAGGAGGUGAAGAAGAAGAAGACGAAGAAGCAGGAGGCGGAGGAGAGGAAGAAGCAGGAGGCGGAGGAGAAGAAGAAGCAGGAGGAGGCGGAGGAGGCGAAGAGGAAGCAGGAGGAAGAAGAGGAGAAAAGGAAGCAGGAGGAAGAAGAGGAGAAAAGGAAGCAGGAGGAGGAAGAAGAGAAAAGGAGGCAGGAGGAGGAGGAGGAGAAAAGGAGGCAGGAGGAGGAGGAGAAAGAGAAGAAGAGGAAGAAGCAGGAGGAGAUCUCGCUGGAGGAGCUCAUCUUACUGGUGGACAGCGAGGAAGAGGGGGGAGAGAAAGCCCCAGCCGCCGGGCGCGGUCGUGGUCGCGGUCGCGGAAGAGGGCGAGGACGCGGUGCCGGCGGGCGCGCACGGGUCGAGCCUGUGGCUGCUCCGGCUACGAGGAGAAGGGCUGCGGCAAGUGAGACCGCGACGGAGGAUGCACCUGCGGAGCCUGUGGCGGCUCCGGCUACGAGGAAAAGGGCUGCGGCAAGCAAGACCGAGACAGAGGAUACCGCUGAGGAGGCCGUGCCGGCCCGUGCCACCCGCGCUCGGAGCCAGACGACGGCGGCGCCCGUCGCCGAGGAAGAGGCGCCCAAGACAAGACGGGCGUCGAGGCGGACCGCGGCGACCAACACUGGUCCGCAGCAGGAAGAAGAAGGAAAGGGGGCACAAGCUGUCGCCUCUGAUAUGGAAACUGCGGAAAUGGAAGAAGAUGCCACGAAUACUCAGAACGAGGAGCGCAACGAGGUUGAGGAACAGAGCCAUGACGACGAAGGGGUAGUCGUCGCGGAUACACCAGCACAGGUGCAAGAAGAGCCACCGGUGGAGAAGGAGGAGGACGGUAGGCAAGAAUCUCCUGCCGUUGGCGUCGGGCGGCGAGGUGCCAGACGACGCGCACGGCCCGAGCCUGUGGCGUCUCCGGCCACGAGGAAAAAGGCUGCAACAAGGAAGACCGUGACAUGGGUUGACGCUCCGGCAGCCGAGGCCGUGCCGGCUCGGGCCACUCGUCGCGCUCAGAGCCAGAGCACGGUGGCUGAGGAGGCGCCCAAGGGAAGACGGGCGUCUAGGAAGACUGCUGCGCAGCAGGAAGAGGAAGGCCAGCAAGCCGUUGCCUCUGAUGCGAAAGCUGCUGAGCCUGCGCCGGUUUCCUCCGACGAAGCAGCUGGUGAUGUUGCAGAAAUGGAGGAAGAAGCCAAGAAUCCGCAGGACCAGGUUGAGGAAGAAGAACCACCGGUGGAGAAGGAGGAGGAUGUUGGGCAAGACCAGAACGAAGAGAAAUCGCCUGCCGUUGCCGUGGGGCGGCGUGGUGCCCGCGGGCGCCCACGGGCCGAGCCUGUGGCGGCUCCGGCUACGAGGAGAAGGGCCGCAACAAGCAAGACCGUGACAGAGGAGGCGCCCGCGGAGGCCGUGCCGGCUCGGACCACUCGUCGCGCUCGUAGCCAGGCCACGGUGGUUCCCGUGGCCGAGGAAGCCGUGCCCAAGACAAGACGGACGUCGAGGAGGGCUCCCACGAGGAAGACUGGUGGGCAGCAAGGCGAGGAAGAAGAGCAAUGCCAGCAAGCAGCUGUUGUCGAAACUGUUGCGCCUGCGCCGGUUUCCUCUGGCGAGGGAGCUGACGAUGCUGCAGCAAUGGGAGCGGCCAUGGAUCCUCAGACUGAACAGCCAAACGAGCUAGUUGAGGAGCGGAACAAGCAGGAGGAACUUGCGACAGGUGAUGAUGUGGAAACUGAUGUACCUGCUGUGCCCACUGAAGAAAUGGAAAAGGAGGCCAUGGAUCUUCAGAACGAAGAGCAAAACAAGCUGGUUGAGGACCAGUGUCAGGAAGAUGCAGGUGGUGUGGCUGAUAUGGAAACAGCACCCGUUUCCUCUGACAAGGAAGAUGAUGAUACUGAAGAGAUAGAAGAAGAGGCCGUGGAUCCUGAGAACGGUGAGCAAAAGGAGCCACUAGUUGAGGAACAGAGCCAGGAAGAGGAACGUGAGACAGCGCCUGAUAUGGAAACUGCUGUACCUGCACCGGCUUCCUCAGACGAGGCCAUGCAUCAUCAGAACGAAGAGCAGAAGGAGCUACUGGUUGAGGAGCAGAGCCAGGAAGAUGCAGGUGAUGUGCCUGCUAUGGAAACUGCACCGGUUUCCCCUGCCGAGGAAGAUGGUGAUGCUGAAGAAAUAGAAGAAGAAGAUGUGGAAACUGCACCGGUUUCUUCUGUAGAGGAAAAUGAUGAUACUGAAGAAAUAGAAGAAGAGCAGAGCCAGGAAGACGAAGGUGUGGUGGAAACUGCUGUGCACACACCGAUUAUUUCUUCAGAAGAGGGAGGCAGCGGUACUGAAGAAAUAGAAGAAGAGGCCAUGGACCUUCAAAGCGAGGAGCAAAACAAGCUUGUUGAGGAACAGAACCAGGAAGACGAAGGUGAGACAGGUUGCGUCCCUGACAUGGAAACUGCUGCGCAUGCGGUUUCCUCAGACGAGGGAAGUGAUGAUGGUACUGAAGAAAUGGAAGAAGAGGCCAUGGGUCCUCAGAACGAGGUGCAAAACGAGCUAGUUGAGGAACAAGCUAAGGCAGAAGAAGGGUUGUUUCAUCAGGGUUGUUUCACGGGUGUACAAGCCAGUCCUGAACUAGUGGAAGAAGCAGCAGCACCAGUGGCAGAAGAUUGCGGCACGGUUGUUUCAUCAGUGGAAGAGCAGCAGGACGAUGUCCAGCAGUGUGAGCAGUCUCCAGUGAAUGUUGUUAACGAGGAAGGCCAUUUUCCGGCUGAAACUGUCUCCAGCGAGGGGCCACUGGACAUGGAGAUUCAUCAUGGCGGUGAGGCCGAGGAUCAUCAGUUCACUGAAGAGACUGAAAUGGUGCCCGUGGAAGCACCGGAAUCCGGUGAGGCCACUGAGGAAGCUGAGGAGCAUCAGUCCAGUGAAGAGACUGAAAUGAUGGUGCCCGUGGAAGAGACCACUGAGGAAGCUGAGGAGAUUCAGCAGUCCAGUGAAGAGACUGAAAUGGUGCCCGUUGAGGAAGCUGUGGAGGUUCAUCAGUCCAGUGAAGAGACGGAAAUGGUGCCCGUCGCCGAGUCGGCGGCUCAAGCCGCUGACGAAGCUGAGGAGAUUCAUCAGUCGAGUGAAGAGACCGAAAUGGUGCCCGUGGACUCACCGGUGCCGCAGGAGGCUGCUGUGGAGGACCUGGAGGUUGGUUUCACCUGCCAUGCAGACACCGCCAUUGAGAAGGAGAAUGAAGUGCCUCAGAGUGCAGCCAAAGCCAAUGAGGAGAAGGAAGACCUGGCUGUUGAAGAGGAGGAGAAUGAAGUGCUCUUUGGUGCUCUUUUCCAGAGUGCAGCCAAAACCAGUGAGUACAAGGAUGUUGAAGAGUUGCAGCACGACAUGGAUGAGGCUACUGCAGAGGUCAUUGGUGCUCUGUUCCAGAGCGCAGCCAAAACAAAUGAGAGCAAGGAACAGCAACUGGUUGUUGAUGAGGUGCACUAUAACAUGGAUGAGUGUGCUGCAGAGGAGGAGAAUGAGGAAGAUAUGGCUGUCUUUGGUGCCCUGUUUCAGAGCGCAGCCAAGUCCAGUGAGAACAAGGAACAUCUGGUUGUUGAUGAGUCUGUUGAGGAGAAUGAGGUGCCAUUCUUAGGUGCUCUGUUUCAGAGCGCAGCCAAGUGCAACGAGAACAAGGAUCAUCAUCUGGUUGUUGGUGAGGCGCAGCAUUACAUGGAUGAUGCUGUUGAAGAGGAGGACAAUGAAGUAGAAGCAACCUUUGGUGCUCUCCUUGAGAGCGCAGCCGAAGCCAAUGAGGAGGAGGAAGAUAUGGCUGUUGAUGAGUUGCAGCAUAACAAGUCUGUGGAAGAGGAGGAGAACGAUGAAGACCGAACCACCUUGGCUGCUUGGCUGCUGCUUCACAGAGCAGCCAAGGCCCAUGAAAUCAAGGGAGAAGGUCUGAUUGUUGAUGACACAGAAGAGCCUGUUGAAGAGGAGCCAAAGAUGGAGAGUGUUGAGGCCACUGUGACAGAGGAGAGUGGCAUCACCGGUGAGCUGACAAAUGUGCCCGUCGAGGAGGACGACGGCGGCGUGGUGGCCGCCGACGACAUGCCACUCAGCUCAGCCACAAUGUUUGAGGGCGCUGUACAAGUGGUCACCGUCGAGAACCUGUCGCAAGCCACUGUAACUGAUGACGAGAAGGUGGAGGAGGUGCUCCUGUCGCAGGCCACGGUGACUGAUGACGAGUGGGCAGCCAGGGAGUGUGCUUUUUCCACCGGUAACCUCACACCGGUGGUCGACACUGCCAAGGAAGUGGUGACCAUCGACUACCUGUCGCAGGCCACCACAGUGACAGACGACGAAUGGACAGUCAAGGAGAGUGCGGCAUUCGCCGGUGACCGCUCGCCGGUGUUCGACGCUGCCGGAGACUGCAGUGGCCAGGUCAUUUCCCCGCUGUUCGCAGGCCUGUUCGAGGAUGCCACCAAGUUCCUGUCCAUGGACUCAGUCACCGUGGAGGCAACAACGGUGCCUGAAGCUGCCGCUGAGAAGAACGUUACUGAGCCCGUGGCAAUGGAAAAAGAGAAGGAAAUGAAGGAGGAAGGCAAUGAAUCUGAAGCAUUGGGCAGCCUGAGCCUGAGGAAGCUUAGGGUCCAGCUCAAGGAGAAGGCUGCAGUGGCACAAGACCUGGAGAAGAAGCCAGUGGAUCAAUUUUCCAUCCACCCAAUAUUUGAAGUGAAGGAAGGGAAGAAGCCACUGGACACGCUUAGCCUGAGGAGGCUCAGGCUGAAGCUCAAGGAGAAGCUCAAUGCUCAGAAGAACAGAGAGCCAACAACUAGGGCGCCCCUCGGCAGGCUGGACGAGAACUCGGCGUCCAAGUCGCAGAAGAGGGUGCCCCUCGGCAGGCUGGACCAGAAUUCGGCGUCGAAAACGCAGAACAGAGAGCGGAGCAGGGUGCGCCUUGGCAGGCUCGACGAGAACGCGUGCUGAUGAUUGAUUAUCUAACUCGGAAGAUUUGGUUGAGAAACCAUGGUUUCUCCAACCCCCUUGAUCCUAACUUAUCUGCGUGCGUUCUUGUGCUGUUACUUUGCGCGUUCGCCGGCAGAGCGUGAGAAGAUUUGGCUGUAUUUUUUAGUCGACUCUUGUCGUGUUCUGAACUUGUAUCGGAGUGAUUGUUUUAGCUUACUUCUAAGUGGUGACAGUUACAUAUAUCAGAGUGUUUGUUGCUUGUC